AUGCCAAAUCGAUUUCUUAUUUGGGGCGCAACAGGCUGGGUAGCCGGCCACCUUGAAGCCCUUCUCAAGAAACAAGGCAAAGAAGUACACACAACAAGCGUCCGUAUGGAAAACAUGUCUCAAGUGGCAGAAGAACUGAAAAGAAUUCAACCAACACAUGUCCUAAACGCUGCUGGUUGUACGGGUCGACCCAACGUUGACUGGUGCGAAGACAACAAGGCACAGACAGUCCGGUCCAACGUUAUCGGUUGUAUUUAUCAGUAUGAUGAGAAGCAUCCUAUUGGUGGUGCCGGAUUUACAGAGCAAGAUGUGCCAAAUUUUACGGGGAGUUUUUAUUCCAUGACAAAAGGACAUGUUGAGCCGAUCUUAUCUUGUUAUGAUAACGUGCUCAUUCUCCGAUUACGCAUGCCUGUCAGCGACGAUUUACAUGCGAGAAACUUUGUCACCAAGAUUUUAAACUACGAACAUGUCGUCGACAUACCAAACAGCAACACAAUUCUUCACGACCUCCUCCCUCUUUCCAUCUCACUAGCAGAACACGCAGACACUGGCAUCUUCAAUUUCACCAAUCCCGGAGCUAUUUCUCAUAACCAAGUAUUAACGCUUUUCCGACUCAUAGUUCGGCCUAGUCUAACAUGGCGCAACUUUUCGGUUGAGGAGCAGUCGCAUGUUAUAAAAGCUGAACGAAGUAAUUUUAUUAAUAUUAUUGCAACCGUUCUUAUUGUGUUCACCAAUAAAGCCAUUUUCGAUGAUGAUAAUCUCAAAUUCAUCCAGCUGAGUUUUGCAGCAUUCCACUUCUCAACAACUUGGCUGGUUCUCUGGAUCAUCUCUAGAGAGCGUUUUGCCUUUUUCACGCCCAAGCAUGUUUCCCUCACACAAAUGCUUCCACUCAGCGUCGUCAUGACGCUAAACAUCAUUUUUCCAAAUCUCUCCCUCGCGUUCUCAACCGUCACAUUUUAUCAAGUUGCUCGCGUCUUGGUAACUCCAUGUGUGGCAAUUCUCGAUUAUGUCCUAUACAAAGUUUCUGUGUCUGGUAUAGCAGCUUCAACACUUGUCGUUGCAUGUCUUGGUGUCGCCAUGGUAUCUUACUACGAUUCGAGACCAUCGGAUGAUGCCAAUGUCAAAACUACUUCGCAACUCGGAAUUGUAUUUGCUUUGAUGGGUGUUGUUUUCUCAUCUCUUUACACAGUCUGGAUUGCGGCGUUCAGGAAAAAGCUUGUCAUCUCAAGUAUGCAGUUACUUCUCAACCAGGCUCCUUUGUCUGCUUUUCUUUUGCUCUAUUUUAUUCCCUGGGUUGAUGAGUUCCCAGUCAUAAAUCAAGUCAGCAUCAGCCACUGGGUGCUCAUUCCGUUUUCUGGCAUCUUGGCAAUGCUGAUUAACAUUUCUCAAUUCUUCAUCAUCGCAGAAACUGGCCCUAUCGCUAGCACUGUAGUGGGCCACACCAAAACAUGCACAAUAGUGGUCCUCAGCUGGGCAAUUUCGGGUCGAGUCGCAACCGAUAUGUCCGUUGUUGGUCUACUAACAGCUCUGGCGGGGAUUUUCAGCUAUUCAUUUGUGGUAUUGAGGCAGAAAUAG